UUUACCUAAAUCCUAAAUAUAUUUUUAUAAUUAACUAUGGCUAAAAACUUGAACGGUGUGUCUAUUGUGGGGCCCGAAGCUUUGUAAAACGCUUAUGUUUGAGUCAGUUUUGACUAUUGUCACCAUUCUAAUCAAUCGUUAUUUGCAAAGGCUUUGUAAAAUGCAUAAAGUUGUUGCUAAGUUGAGGCAAUGCAAACCAGCAAAAGAUUCAUGGAGGUACCACAAUAGCCACCUCUCCUUGUUUGGGAGUUUCACAACUUUUUCUACCUUGAACAAUCCAAUUCAAAGACACCCACUUGCCAAAUCUGAACUGAAACACAACAAUUCUUUAGAGUUCCACCAUUUAAGCAAUGUCUUACAGGAAUGUGCUGAUUCUGGGGAUUUCAGAGCUGGCAUGUCAGUCCAUACACUUCUUAUGAAGUUGUUCUAUAAUGGGUUUACAUCUUUGUGGAACAAACUGCUCAAUCUGUACAACAAGUGUGGCCAGUGUGGAAUUGCCCGCCAUUUGUUUGAUACAAUGCCUGAAAGAGAUGUUGUUUCGUUUAAUAUUAUGAUUUCAGCUUGUGUUCGUAAUAAUUCUGCUUUUGAAGCAAUUUGUCUUUAUUCCAGAAUGAGAGAUGAUAAUGCUAUGCCCAAUCAUAUCACUUUAGCUCGAUUAAUUGGGGCUUGUGAGGGUUUAGGAGCUGUGCAAUUGAGAGAGGUAUUUCAUGCACAAGCAAUUCGGUAUGGGUUAUGUUCUAAUGAAUACGUCGGGAGCUCUUUGGUUGAUGGGUACUCAAAACAAAUGAGAUUAGAAGAUGCUAUUAGAGCAUUUGGUGAUAUUUCUGAGUUAGAUUUGGUUUCAUGGAAUAUUAUGAUUGAUGGGUGUGUGCGAAACAAUAGUAAAGAACAUGCCCUGAGGAUGUUUUCUUGGAUGCUACAAGAGAAUUUGGGUUUUGACGGGUUCACAGUUACAAGCAUUAUAAAAACAUGUUCAGAACCAAAGGAUUUGAACCGUGGGAUGCUGCUCCAUGGUUGUGCUAUAAAAUCUGGUUUUAGUCAUGAAACACCUGUCAGCAAUGCUCUCAUAACGAUGUAUUCUAGAUGUGAAGAAGGAAUGGUGUCUGCCACAAAAUUAUUUGGAGGAGUUUUAGCCCCUAAUAUUAUUUCUUGGACUGCGAUGAUGUCUGGGUUUAUGCAGAAUGGGGAAAAUCUGGAAGCGAUUGUGUUUUAUCAGAAUAUGCUUAGAGUAGGCAUGAAAGAGAAUGAUUUCAGCUUUUCUUGUAUACUUCCAGUGUACAGUAAUUUGGGAAACCUUGAGCAUGGAAGGCAAAUUCAUGCUAGGAUCGUGAAGUCAUGGUAUGGCGCGGAUCUCUCUGUGAACAAUGCUCUUAUAGAUAUGUAUUCCAAGUGUGGCAGCCUGAAAGAAGCUCACUUGGUCUUCAGGACAAUGGAGAAACAUGACAAGGUUUCUUGCACAACAAUGAUUACAGGUUUUGGGCAGCAUGGCAAGGGAAGAGAGGCACUUGAAAUUCUUGACAAAAUGACAAAGCAAGGAUUAAAUCCUGACGAUAUUACAUUUCUUGGGUGUCUUUCUGCAUGUAGCCAUGGUGGUUAUGUGGAUGAAGGGAUUUGGGUCUUUAGGAUUAUGAUUGAUGUUCAUAAUCUUAAGCCUAGAAGGGAACAUUUUUCUUGCAUUGUUGACAUGCUUGGCCGUGCUGGGAGGUUAAACGAGGCAGAGAGAUUUAUUGAAGAGAUGGGAAUUGAAUCAGAUGUCUUUGUGUGGGAAACAUUGCUUGGUGCUUGUAGGCUUCAUGGAGAUAUGGGGUUGGCAGAAAAGUCAGUGAAAAAGAUUAUCGAGUUACAACCAGAGAAGCACGGGCCUUAUGUUUUGUUAGCCAACAUGUAUGCUGACAGGGGAUUGUGGGAAGACAAGGGACUGGUGAGGGAGAAUCUGGUUAUGGGUGGAUUAAAUAAGGAAGCUGGAUGCAGCUGGGUAGCAUAUUAGCAUUGCAGAGCUUUUAAUGCUGAUACAAUUCGGAUUUUUGGUGAGUUAGCUAAAACAUUAUGAAAUCGCCCAAAUUGCAGGCCAUAGAAUCUGAACAAUAAAAUAUCAUGUACAAAAGAAAUCUAAGUUUGUGGUUUGAAAAUUUAUGUUUCGGCAAGGCAUCGCAAGGUCUUAAGUCAAAAGGCAGUUAAAAACUUCAAGUGUCAAUGUGGGCUGCUGAAUCUGAAAAACGAUUUCUUUUUCUGAAAAGGAUUUUUAAAUUAGGGACGCUUCUCUUUUCUGGUUUUUCAGGCUUAUUCUAUAUCUGAUAAUUUCAGUUUCCCCAAACCUGCUGGCACCAUAGAGCAAUGCUGGUUAAUUGAAGAACCUGAUUGGGGUUUAAUUACUGGUCACUGGGCAGAGGAAUAGUCAAGACUAGUUGGACUGUCUAACCUGCUUACCUUUUUUGUUAAGCAUAAACAGGGUAUCAUCAGGGUUUCUUCAUAUAUCUGGCUUCCUUAUCUGUGAAAUAGGUUUUAUUUGUGGGUUACUUUUAGGGCAACAGAGAAACCUAGGUUGAUGUUUGAUUAUUGAGUCGCUAUACUAACCAUUUAAAGUAGUAAUUGGAAAGACAGUCGCCUGUUAUUUGUUUCCUAGAACACAGGCAUUUGGCAGAAACCCCUCAAUGAUUCCCAUUCUCCAUAGAGCCUGAGAAAAAUCAUUAGAGGUUGUCUACCAGUUGCAUUUAGGUGAAACACUGAACAAACGCGAAUGUAUUCAGUCUUUCCAUAUCAGUUGCAUGGAGGGAAUAUUUGAAGAUAUUGAAAUGGGGCAAUUUCUUUCUUGUCUUCAAUGGCUACAAACAAAUCCAAUUAAAGGGCUAUUGGUGACACAGGGAAGUAACAGUGGUGGGAAGCUCUGAUACCAUUUAACCAAAUUUUUUAGUUAAGCAUGGGAAAACAGCAAAAAAGGUGAGACCAUAUAUGCUUGUUUCAGCCUCUGCAGUAACUCUGAAGCAACCAGAACAGGUUUGGGGGAAUGCCAUUCUAAAUACCUAAUUUUCCAAGGGACGGAUGAUCAAUUGGCAUUGAUGUACUAGAGUGGGCUGAAGUUAUGAUGAGAUUAUGUUCCUUCACCAAAGUUCUCUUGAAGCUAUCAAUCCAUGAAGAAUCCUAUCAAAUGGCACUCAGAGGAAGACAAGUUGAAGCAAACUUUGAAACAUUUUGUGAAGACUACUUGCUUUGAGACUUCUGAAUAAAAGAGAGAUAUAGAAGUAGAAGGGCACAUUCAAUCUUCAGCGCAGGGUAGAGCUGUUUGGUAGCUCGCAAGGCUCAUAAUCUUGAGGUCAUGGGUUUCAAAUACACUAAUUGAGCACUCGCAGCCGGAACAACGAACUGUUAUUUGUCUAUAUCGAUCCUGCAAACUCUGAUACUAGUGUACUCAUUUAUAUGUGCAAUUUGUUUAUUUUAGUUUUUAUGUGUGAUAUAUUUGUUUAUAUUCAUUUUUGAGAGUACAAGGAGAGCAUUCUAUCCUGUUUCUGCCUUCUUUUACAUUAGCUAAUGUGUAAUGCAACUAGCAAUCAAUCUUACUAUGUUGCUCAGAUACUAUUUAGACUUGAAAGCAAAGGGAGGCUGUGAAGGGGGUUGAAAUCAUGCUUUUCGUUUUUUCGUUGCAAGUCUCCAUAGGUCCUGUCAACACCAUCUUGGUAUUCGUGUUGGGUUAUCUUGUAGGUAUCAGACAGAAUUUCUUGUCAGUUGGAUACCGUUUGAUGCUGUCAAGUCCAGCUGUUAACUUUCUGCCCUUGUAUGUGUAUACAAUAACGAUGUUUUUGGAAAAUAUUGCUGGUAUCAUUGAGGGAUGAAUUGCUUGUUGGAUGAGAUGAUCGGUGAUUAUGGUUUCAGAGGAUUGUGCUUCGAAAUUUCAUUAUAGAAUAUGUUGGUUAAUAGUAAAGACCAAAGAACCCCUUAGGGAAAAAUAAAAAAUAAAAAAGACCAAAAAAUCAUUGCUAUUUGUAGCAUUAUGUCAUUCUGGCGUUCGUGUUGGUUUUCAAUUUGCAUUUGUCUGUGAUCCAAACAAAUUGCAUUUUUUUACCUGAAAUUUGUUUUUUUCUUGUUACUUACCUUUUUAAGUGAUGUAGAGUCUCCUGCUCUCCUCUUGUUCCUUUUGCUGUUUGUGUAAGAUUGAAAAUUUGCAUUUGUUUACAUUUAGAUUAUUGAUGUCAUGUUUAGUGAUAUUUUUCUUUCUUUUUUGGAAUUUGAUUUUUCUUGUUGCUUACCUUUCUAAGUGAUUCUGAGUCUUCUGCUCUCCCCUUUUUUCUUUUGGUGGUUGUGUUAGAUUGUAAAUUCGCCUUUGUCUAAAUGAGGUUAUUGGUACCAUUUUUAUUGAUAUUCUGUCUCUUCACUAUUGCAAUUCAAGGGCGGAACAGAAUCAUGGCAAAAUCUUGAGCCCUUCCUGAAAUAUAGAGCACAUGCUGCCUUUACCAUUGCGUGUUCUUUAUGCAGCUCAUUACCACUGUUG